CUGAAUUGUAAGAAGAGUUCGAAAGGGCUGUUGCAGCCUUCGCUGUAUGUUAAGGUGCAGCCAGUGGACAAGGACAGACAAGAGUCCGGGUUCGAGAUUGAAUAUGAAUCUGACAUUGCUUCUUAUACUGAUGAUGAUUCCUCGCAUUCCUCCUCAACUUUUGCUUCUUCAAUCUUUGAGGCUGCCUGGGCUUCGCCAUCUCAGAUUGAGAAGAAUGACUUUUAUGGAGAAAUAGCUGUUGGAAAAAGCAAAAGUGAAGAAAAUACUCAGCAACCCAAAGAGAAGUACAUUGACAGAUUAAUAUCCAAAAUUACAUCUUCACAAAUGCAUAUUCAGGGAGGAAAUGAAUUUGAACAAAUAAACUCAGGGUACUCCCAAGAAUUUCAAGGGAGUAAAGUUAAACAAAAUGAAGCUAUAGAUGCAAGGGAUACACACUUGGGAAGCAAAGAACUGCUCCUUGAGGAUACAAGGCAGUAUUCUCAGAAUAAGGUAAUUGGCAAUGCUAUGAGAAGACAAGGUACAAUGAACUCCAUAAAAAAUGCUAUUGGAGCGCAGAUGAACAAGGAUAGAUUAAAGUCAGUGAGGUCUGUCCAGAUAAGGGAUUCUGCCACUCUAAGUGAUCUUUUUAGUGACAGUAAGAUAAUAAAGGAAGUAAGAAACGAUGUGGCGGUAGAUGCUAGUACGUAUGCUAGAAAUGCAGCAAGAAUUGAGAAGAAAGAAAUGAAAUCUGAAUUGCACCCAAGUAUUGCAUCAAUAGAAAAAGGAGUUCCAGAUGCUGAGUUGUCCAAUGGCAAACCUGAGUGGGAGUCUAAAAUUAAGAUGCUUGAAGAGGAACUGAAGGAAGCUGCAGCCAUUGAGAUUGGCCUUUAUUCUGUAGUUGCAGAACAUGGAAGUUAUGCAAACAAGCUUCAUGCCCCAGCUCGCCGUAUUGCUAGAUUCUAUCUCCAUGCAUGGAGAGAAGGAUCCCAAGCUAAACAGGCAAGUGCUGCCAGGGCAGCUGUCUCUGGGUUGGCUUUGGUUUCUAGAGCAUGUGGCAAUGAUGUUCCAAGGUUGACCUUCUGGUUGUCAAACUGUAUUGUGUUGAGAGCAAUUAUCAGUCAAGCUACAGGAAAUGAUGGAAGCAAUGGUGGUUCUACAUGGGAUAAAAAGUAUAAGCAGAGAAUGGUGAAGCCUUCUGCAACUGAGGGAAUGAAGAAUAAUUUAAUUAAAAACACUGAUGACUGGGAAGACAUAGACUCAUUCAUUAAAGCAUUGGAAAAACUUGAAUCCUGGAUCUUCUCCAAAGUUAUCAAAUCUGUAUGGUGGCAGUGUCUGACUCCACACAUGCAAACAGCUGUUGUGAAAGCUAACAGAACUAGGGGCUCAACAGUCAAGAGAACAUAUGGGAGUAAACAUGCGUUGGCUGAUCAAGAACAGGGUAAUAAUUCUAUAAAAAUUUGGAGGAAUUCUUUUAAGGAUGCCUGUGAAAGGCUUUGCCCAAUCCGAGCAGGAGGACACAACUGUGGUUGCUUACCUAUGCUGUCUAAACUAGCAAUGAAACACUUGGUAAAUAGGCUAGACGUGGCAAUGUUCAACGCCAUCCUUCGAAGAUCUGCUGAAGACAUGCCUACCGAUCCCGCAUUUGAUCCCAUCAGUGAUCCUAAUAUACUCCCAAUUCCCAUUGGCCAAUCAAGCUUCAGGGCUGGGGCACAGUUAAAAAAUGCUGUUGGAAACUGGUCCAGAUGGCUUACUGAUCUCAUUGGCAUUGAAGAUGAUGAUUCAUCUGGUGAUAAUAAUGUUAUUGGGGAUUCGUUCAGAGCUUUUCGCCUUCUGAAUGCUCUGAGCAACCUCAUGAUGCUUCCAUUCGAGACACUUGUUGAUGAAACCACAAGAAACGAAUUCUGCCCAAUAUUCGGUCCAGCACUGAUAAAGCGGGUUCUCAGCAGUUUUGUUCCUGAUGAGUUCCGUCCUGAACCAAUCCCCAAGACCGUCUUUCAGGCUUUAGAUUUUGAGGACAACCUGGAUGCUGCUUCUGGAGAACGUAUCACUACAUUUCCAUGCACUGUAAUAUCAACGUCAUACAAGCCCCCUCCAACAGCCUCUCUUUCCAGUUUCUUGGAGAAGAUAGGGAACCAAGCUCCAAAGAGGAGUGGAUUAUCAUCACUCAAAAAGUCAUAUACCAGUGAUGUUGAGCUUGAUGAGUUGGACUCGCCAUUGACAUCAAUUCUUGCUGACUGCUUUAAGGAUUCUCCAAAUUUGAUGAAACCUGGUCGGACUAAUGUUGUCAGGUAUCAACUUCUCCGGGAAGUGUGGAGAGAUGCUCCAUAAUCAGAGUGAAGUGAAGGUUCU